AUGGCUGGUAAAAUCCAGCGAGCGAAGCUCCCGCGCGGCGGUCACCGAGGACGGCUCGGCGUCGAGGGUAAGGGCGCGCACAGAGCGAAAUCGCGAGUCGUCGAUCGUCGUCAAUCGGACCGUGACAGGUCGCAGGACUACAAAAAGUUCCAGCAGCUGAAACAACAAAUUGAAGAGUUGGAGGUCUCGGAGGCGAGCGGAUGGGCGGGAUCGAGCGCGAGCGAGGCGAAGGCGAAGGCGAAGGAGUUGAAGUUGCUCCGGGGGAAGCUCUCGGCGAAAGAGCGGAAACACGGGGGUGGGACGUGA